UUUCUCAACCCAGCCUUUUGUCACGCACAAGAAUCAUCGACCAGAAAGACCCUAGUCGCAGACAUCUCUCCUCACUCUCUCAAAGAAGCAAACAGAGGCGACGAUGACGAGGACUCCUCAACUCCUCCCUCUCCUCGUCGCCGCCAUCGCCGUUUCCUUGUCCGCCGCGGCGGCGGCAGCGUCCAACACCACCACCUCGUCACACCCCGGCCGCCUCCAAGGCCUCCUCGCCCAAGUGUGGCGAUGGCGGGAACGCCACCUGGCCGACCCGUCCUCGCGCCCGGGCUCCGGGUCGGCGCCUGGCGUCCGGCCCAACACCGUGGCCGCGUGGGUGCUCUCCUUCCUCGCCGCGUCCGUGUCGAGCGCCGGCGGCGUGGGCGGCGGGUCGCUGUUCCUGCCCAUCCUGAACCUGGUGGCGGGGCUGAGCCUGAAGCGCGCCACGGCCUACUCGUCCUUCAUGGUGACGGGCGGCGCGGCGUCGAACGUGCUGUACAACCUGGCGUGCACGGGCGGCGGCGGGCAGCUGAUCGACUACGACAUCGCGCUGCUGUUCCAGCCGUGCCUGCUCCUGGGCGUGAGCAUCGGGGUGGUGUGCAACGUCAUGUUCCCCGAGUGGCUCAUCACCGUGCUCUUCUCCCUGUUCCUCGUCUGCUGCACCGCCAAGACGUGCCGCGCCGGGCUCAAGAUCUGGCGCUCCGAGUCGGACCGCGGCGGCGCCAGAGCCGGGGCCGCGCGGCGCGCUCACCCCAGCACGGAGGAGCCUCUGCUGCUGCCCUGCGACACCAGCGACGCCGAGGACGGCAAUGGCGCCGGGUUCCCGUGGAAGGACGUGGCGCUGCUGGUCAUGGUGUGGCUCUGCUUCUUCGCGCUCCAUGUCCUCAUUGGAGAUAAGCACGGCAAGGGUGUCAUCAAGAUAAAACCCUGCGGCGUGGCCUACUGGCUUAUCACCCUGUUCCAGCUACCUGCCGCCGUGGCUUUCACGGUGUAUAUCAUGUACGACAAGCGGAAGAAACGCGAUGUUCAUAGCCAAGAGGAUGGCAAGGCAGAUCUCGUUGGAGCUACAAUGGAGUCGACCCUGCCGUCACUCACAUUCCCGCUGGCGGCUUUCGUCACCGGGGCUCUGGGUGGCCUCUUCGGCAUUGGAGGGGGACUGCUUCUCAACCCUGUUCUUCUCCAGAUCGGAAUCGAUCCGCAGACUGCAGCGGCGACGUCUUCGUUCAUGGUCCUGUUCUGCGCGUCCAUGUCCAUGGUUCAGUUCAUCCUGUUGGGCGUGAAGGGCAUCGGGCAGGCCUCCGUGUACGCGGGGAUUUGCUUCGUCGCGUCGGUCGUCGGGGCCGUCGUGAUCGAGCGCGCCGUCAGGAAGUCCGGGCGCGUCUCGCUGAUCGUGUUCCUGGUCACCGCCAUCAUGGCGCUCAGCACGGUGAUCGUCACCUGCUUCGGCGCGCAGGAUGUCUGGAUGCAGUUCACCAGCGGAGCGUACAUGGGAUUCAAGCUGCCCUGCUGACAUCUUCACCGGGACACGUUGUCGGCGCAUUUUGGCUCGGCCUUUGGGCUUUCUGAGGGAAGAUUUUGCUCUUGAUAUUGUAAUGGCUAGUUUGGGGGCUUGCUGAAAUAAUUUUCCUACCCGUGAGCUUCCUGGGAAGGAAUGAUUCUGGACACUGGUUGUAUAGACUUACUAAAAGCUAAGGUCCUGUAUGGCUGUAUGUAGUACUCUCUUUAUUUUAAAUGUAGGUCGAUUUGACUUUUCUAAAUUAUUA